AUGGCCUCAAAUCAACGCUAUGAACCGGUGCGUAAGUCGUUUGUCCAUUUCAUGUUUGCCAACGUAUCUUAGAUUUUUCCUUCGAAUUCCUUAAUUUGAUUAAUGCUCCUUUUGUUUGUUUGGUUCUUCUUGAGCGAGAAAUAUUGAAUUUCUAUGUCGUAAUUAUUCUCUUUCGUUUCGUUCAAAACGUAUUCUAAAACAAUACAACCUGGUUGCGCAUCAUGUGAGUUGAAAUGUAAACCGUUUUAAAUCUGCUUACCUACCGAAUGUUUUGUUUCGAUAAUUUGGUGAAUUUGCGUUUUCUUUACUCAUCGUUGUUAAACUUACCACUGAAAUAGUGUUAAAUUCGCUGAAAAUUAGAAAUAUUGUGACGAUAAUUUUUCCUUCUGAUUAGAUUAGUUACCUUUUAUGUUAUUAUUUGCAAUCAUGGUUGAUUUUUCUUUAGUUCGUGGGCUUAUCUACGAAUGAGAAAACUUAUUGCUUAGAGUGCUCAACUCCGGGAUAUUUAAUUGUGGAGACUAGUAUUUGCUUUGUUUAUUCCACAUAAAUUUUCCAUAAAGUGAUGUUGAGAAUAGUUCCUAAAGUUACAAUAUCAGAGAUACGUAACAGUUAUUGCUAGAAUUGAGUUGACAAAUUCUUCAGGGUUAACAAUUUUUACAGAUGUUCUUUAUGAUAGUAUCGUCCAUGCAACUACUUUUAAGGAAGUUUAGAAGUGAAGUUUAUUAUGAACUGCUGUUGGUCACAAAACCCUCAUUCUGUCAUUUAUGUUUUUCAAUAGUAGAAUACAAAGUGAACUAUUUUGUAUAAGAGAGAUAUUAAUGUCAUUUCGGGGUGUGUUUUCAAUAGUUAUCAUAGUCAAAUCCAGUCAGGUUGUGAACAGUAUUACUGACAACAGAGAGGACUACACUCACCUGGACGAUCAAACUACACUAUUACAUGUUACCCCCAGGUUCAAACCAUUUACUGUAUAAGAGAGAGAUAUGUUAUUUACUAGCCAGGAGGUCCUUAUUGGGGAAACCUCAACCCAAGACAGAGGGCACAGUUUUUCCUAAUACAGACCAACCCAGGCUGGUGACUAACAUUUUUACUUUUUUCCUUAACCUUAACAAAAUUCUUUCCAAAAGAACCCAAAUGAUUGAGGGGUGUAAUUACUACAAGGUGUUCCAUAAACUGAACAAUUUUUGAUGAAGUAAAUAUUAGUUAAAAUAGGGGUAAUGCAAAUUAAAGAGAGGGGCUUUAAGGAAACCUUUUCAUUUGCGUAUUGAUAAAGGUGAUUUAAAAGGCUUCCAAACAAACUUUGAAAAAUUAUUUUUACCAGUAUCUGUUGCAGUCUGACACCUGUCAAUUAGAGAGCAUGCACACUUUUGAAAAAACAACAGAAUUAGUUUGGCAAGGACUGUCAGAACAAUGUUUUCUUCAAAAACAGUCAUUGAUCUUAUGGACAGUUUUAUUCACUCUCAUUGAUGGUUAAUUAAUGUACAAAGAUUUACCUCCAUUUAGUUGGUAAAUGGUAAGGAAAUUUAAGAAAUCAAAGAAAUCUAAGAACCAAGGAGAUUGCAGGAUUCGUUACCAUGCCCUCUGAGAAAAAAAUAAAAAUUGGUACUCUAAUUCAAAAUAUUGAGAUCUCAAUGCUUAACCUUUAAACUCCCAGAAGUAAUUAGCAUGUAACUUCUUCUUAUAACAUCCAUACAUAAACCGGCACACAGGUAAUAAGAAUACUCAAACGAAUCAGGUGGAAGUUCUUAUUUUGAUCCAACACCAAAUUCUUGUAACUGAUUUACAAGGAGAUGUGUUGCAGUCAGAAGGGAGAAUUAACAAUUAGAUCUUGGGACUUAAAAGGUUAGGUGGCAACUACAUUGUGGCUUAUUGUAGUAAAAAGUGUUUCCUCUCUUUAAGGUGUCUACCAGUGAACCACCUCCACCCUCUUCUGUUCCUGUUGUCUUGACAAUAGCCAUACCCCUGGAGGACGAUACUGCAUGCUCUCCACCUCCCCCUUAUGAACCAACUGAAGACCAGGAUACUGCUAGAGGUACUUGUGUGAUAUUUUCCUCAAUCAUUUUUUGAAUCUUUUGGUAUAUAUGGCUUUUCUGUUGGAAUGGCCACGAUUUGAUCAUAAGCAAAAUUAACUAAUUGUUGUUUACAUCAUUAGACACCGAUCUUCCUCCAUCUUAUGAUAUUGCGGCUAAGCUACCGACUUAUGAGGAGGUGGAAAGAGUGAAAGGGGAUCAGGAUGGUUUGGUGAGUUACUCAAGCCUUGUGAUACUUAACAAAUAGAUCCCAAGUUGUGGUGCAUCUGUUCAGUAAUAAAUCACAGAGGACGUCAAAACCUUGGUGAGAGCCAAUCAGAAUGCGUGCAUAACUGAGCUUAUUAUAUAAAUGCACAUAUUUAAUGUUUUGGUAUAUAUAUCACUUCUUGGUUAUGUGACAAAUGACCUGACUAUUUUUUGUAUUUCAGGUUGAAAGGAAUGCGAUUUUGCUUGAUGGUGGAGUAGGUACGUUUAGAAAUGUCAUUGUUAGUUAUAUCUGUUCUAUUAUAUUGCUAGUGUCUUUUAGUUUUGAAAAUGUUACAGAGCCACCACAAGUAUCAUUUUAUGGAAGUGUUUUUUUAGGCAAUAACACUACUAACAACUUAUUUUUACUUGUCUGUUUUGUAGAAGUUGCUCUUGGAAAUGACUGGCUAUUUUUGAUCUGUUUUAUCUGUAAGUCAUUUUGUUUAAUUCAGUAUUUAACUUGUGAAAUUUUUCAUGAUUACAAGCUUUACAUGUCUCGCUAUGUAUCUCUCAUGAAAAGAAGUGAGCCUGAUCAUUUUUGUGAAUUGAGGGAUCUCGUAUCCUGAGUAAUCAUGAAAAUUACCAUUUCUGCAAUUGUAAUUGGUUUUUAAACACUCCUCUUUUCCACUUAUUCACUCACAAAGUUGUUAUUGGGCAGUUUACUAUGGGACAAUUCAAUAAGCCAAUCACAUUCAAAAUUGUAGUUUAAAACAAGUAAUAACACUCAAAGUUGUAGUUUAAAUCAUUUAGCAACCAGCAAUCCAUUUACGCCUCCUUUGUCAUUUUUUUUAAUGCAAAUUUGCCUUUUUGUUCAUUACUUGGCUAUUCUUCUUUUCUCAGAAAUUGUAAUUUUAUGAUUAAUUGGUAAAAGACCUUGUGUUGUCCAAUUCGGUCUGUAAUCAUACUCAUGAUAAACAAAUCAGAUACUCACUGCACUGUUGUUGACCGAAUUAGACCCCGCUCAGUCCUAUUACCAUUACUUAUAUAAGUUUAGGAUAUAGACAACAUCACCUCCUGUUUGGAUCAAUGAGAGCUGAUUAGUAACCCUUUACACCCUGACAUCAGUAUACAUACUCUCCAUACUUUCCUCAGUGCAUUUCUUUUGUCUUUGACAAGGAGAGUUUAGUUGAUGAUCAUUUCACUUAUUCUUGUGACCUUAAUGUUUGAUGUGGUUUGAUGUUGUUAAGAGAAAUUAGAUGCUAGUCACUCGUACGGAUCAAAGAGUUAAUCAUGGCCAGCUCAUACUAAUGAUCAAUGCUAGUAAUGAAAAAUUAAUACUUGUUAACUUGCAAAGCUUGUGUUCCUUUUUGAAUCUUCGUGUCAUGCUCUGAGUGAGAGUUUGAGCUCUUGCUUCUGUUAAUCAAAGUGAUUCUACUGUGUAAUGAGUGAGUUUUGUUUCCUGUUGUGCCAGUGGCUUUUGUUUUCAACUGGUUGGGAUUCUUUGCUGCUUACUGUAUGACCAACACUAUUGCUGGAAGGUAUGGUGCAAUGUCUGGCUUUGGACUGUCCGCAGUGAAAUGGAUUCUUAUACUAAAGGUGAGAAAUUUCACAAGCUUUGCAGAUAAACCAAAAUUACUAUAACACCAAAAGGGGUUUCUUUGUUAUCCCUUUCACUGCUAAGAUCCAAAUAUGAAUUCUCUUCACUGUCUGUCAUUUCUUUAUAAUUUUGGCCCUGUGAAUUUGGUAUAAAAUCAAACAAAUAUUCACAAGCUGAUGCUUUUCUGUAUUCUUGACACCUUUCUUAAGGACGAUGUACUGAUACUGUAAGGAGAAAUUACUAAUUGGUCACUGCUAGGGGUGAAAGAGCUAGAAAAUGCUGCUAAGAUGAUUGUAGGCAGUAGCUGUUUGAUAUGUGUUUAUAAUACAUUUGUUGUGUUAAGCUGUUACACUAUACAUGUAAAAUGAAGGACAGAAACUUCUGUUCACAGUUUUCCUUGUAACUUUUUUUUUUUUUUUUUUUACUUAAGUGCCUAUUUUCAGUUGAAUCAAAAUUUGUACAUCUUGCAGAAUUCAUCUUCUGUUGACACAGAGUUUGUACACUCCUGGCUUUGGUGGAUUGCUCUUGCCCUCGGUAAGAAUAACUAUUUAUCUGCAUAAUUUCACUAACAAAGCCGUAAAUGUUGUACAGUAAAUGGUGUGAACCUGAGGGUAACAUGUGAUAGUGUUGUCUGAUGGGGUGAUAUUAGCUCUGAGAAGGACUGUUGUCAGUAGUAGAGAUAGGGGUUUUAGCAAACUGAGCAGAAGUCAUCCUCAGAGUGGAGUGCAGAGUUGUUGUUGGUUGAGUGUGUCAAGUCUGAUUUGUGUAAACUGAUUGGUAGGUCAUGCCACAUUUUUAUUAACUGUAAGACUCAAGUGGCAUAAUUCCAUUGGGAUCGGUCAGUUUCAAUCCAUCAAUAAUGCUAGGUUGUUAACCAAUCAUUUUGAUGUGAUUGUCAACCUAGAAGAGGUAAUCACAGCACUGAAUAUGAAAGCGAUCUUCGCAAUAAAGAACACCACUAUAGCAGUAAUGAAAAAAAGGCCUGAAAAAAAUUCAGGCCUGUUUGGUAUCUAAACUCUUGACCUCUCUGAUACCAAUGCAGUCCUUUAUCAACUGAGCUAACAAACAUUACUGCUAGAGGUACUCUGGUGUUAAGUUGUUUUCUUCAACCACAUCAUGUGUCUUUUUGUAGGAUGGAUGAUAUUUGUUCAAAGUAUUUUGACCUACUUGAACAUCAAGUGGUGGGUGAAGAAAGGCUGUCGUUCUUUUCAGCGUCACUGGGGGAUGCCACGAGGCAGCCGCAACAACUGA